GAGAUAAAGGAAAUAAAAUCAUGCUAGUAGCAGUAGUCAGGCAAUCCCCAUCGUCCCGCUAGUAACAUUAUGGAGGAAUUGAUGCAGAAUACGAUAAUCCGUGACGUCACACACCUCCCCGCCAUCAUGUCGCACUCCAUCUUCGACGCUCUGCCAGGCGUGACCCUUGAGGGAUCCAGCAGCAUGACAGUGCAACAGUUCCUAGAGACACCUGACCUCAUUCAGAACACCAUCACCAUUGGAGGGGGACCACCGACCACCACCUCCACCCCACCCAGUCAGCAAUGUUCACAAAUCAACACCAUCAUUAGCGAGGGAGUCACCUUAGAUGAAGAUGACUUGUUCCAGUGUGGCCGCUGCAAGAAGCAGUUUUCUUCACUGGAUUUGUUCAUGGUGCACAAGCGGCACCAAUGCUCAGGGAAAAACAGUGGGCUACGCACCAUACAGGCCAUGCAGGACCCCACCACCAGCACAGCAGAGCAGGCCACCUUCGAGGAGGACAGCACAGCCCUCACCAGCCAGAUACACAUGCAAGUCCAGCCUCAGCAAGUUCCUGUCUCGGGUAGCUACAGUGGCUCGGGUCUGCCUUCCCCCGGCGCCAUCAACCAACACAUCAUCGUCAACGAGGGUGACCUGCUGCCCUUUACCAUUGAAACAACUCAGGUCUUACCACUGCCAGGCGGUCUCCAGACUGCCAGCUUUCUACCUGUAUCAAGUGGAGCCAAAACCCUCACCUCUACGGUGUCUCCACUCCUCACCACCACCGCCAACAUCACCACUCCACUUGAUGUGGGUUCCACCCUGUCCUCACCACAGCCCCUCGGCUCAAUGGUUGGUGGGGUGACGGAUGGCAGCGAAGGUGGUGGGGGAGAAAGUGCAGAAGGAGCUGCCACACACACGGAGUUAACAGGGGAGGAAAAGGACAUAGCUUGUUAUAAUCAUGAAUUCUUCCAUGGUGGUAUGGCCAAGACCAUUUCAAGUAAAAAUGAAUCCACAAAAUUAAAGCCAAAGCACAAGUGUAACUACUGCAACAAGGAGUUCAGCAAGAAUUUUGACCUCCGGCAACACAUACGCUCACACACAGGGGAGAAGCCGUUCCAGUGCAUAGUGUGUGGCAGAGCGUUCACUCAAAAGAGCAACGUCAAGAAGCACAUGGCCACACACAAGGUGUGGCCAUCAGGCUCCCUCAGCGACACCUUGCCCAAGGACCCUAUUAUAAAAAAACUGGUCAUGCCGGCAGAGUCCUUGGAUGGAGACCCUCCAGUGGACCAUGUGGAGGAAGUGGUAAUGAAAGAGGAGGUGCUGGUGGAUGACUCGUACAAAUGCCAGUACUGUGAAGAUUACUCAGUGCAGAGCUAUGUCAAACUGCGGACACACAUGAAGACCCACGCCAACCAGAAGGUUUACAAGUGCAUCCAGAAAAACUGUGAAUUAUCAUUUCCUGACCAGGAUUCUUUUCUGGAGCACAUUCACACACACAAUGAGGACCAAGAUCUCCAGUACCGCUGCCACUUCUGUUCCAAAGUGUUCAACGCCCUGGACAAGCUAAGCCACCACCAGCAUGAGCAGCACUCCACCUACCCACAAGCCAAGAAGACAGUUGGUCCAAGUUAUUUCCGAUGUACAAAAUGCAUGAACAAGUAUGCAAGUGCGGAGGCCCUGGAGCACCACCUGCGCACCUCCUCACAUCACUACCCAUGCAGGCAGUGCGGCAAAGUGUUCACAUCAGAGCGUCUGCUACGCCGCCACCUCCACAGCCAUGGCACAGUCAACCUCUUCCCUUGCAGUGAAUGCUCGAAAGAAUUUAAGUCAGAAUAUUCCUUGAAACUGCAUCAGCUGAUACACACAGGAGAGAAACCCUUCGAGUGUCCGCUUUGCAAGACUGCCUUUAACCGGAGGGAUAAACUGAAGCGCCACAUGUUGAUACACGAAUCCAAGAAAAUUCCAUGUCCCUUUGGCUGCCUUAGGGAAUUCAGCAGACCAGACAAACUGCGUGUCCACAUGAUGACCCACGUUGGCGGGCGAGGGAAGCGGGGCCGAGGGCGAGGCAGAGGCUCUUCUUCAGCGAGUCGAGGCGAGCGAACCAUAAAAGUUGAGGUCAUACCACAAGAGGACGCCAGGUGUUCCUCCUGCGAUCAGGUUAUUGUGGAUGGUGAGGACAUCCAUCAGUGCAUAGUAGUGAAGAGUGAACCCAAUAGGGAGAGUGGUGGUGAGGAUGGGGAGGAGAACAACAUGAUAGGCAGUGCGGGGCGGGCCAGGCCACUGAGGCAGGCAGUGGUGCGCCGCACACGUGAACAGUCCAGCAUGCGGCGAGGCAGCCGAAGGAAACGGGGAGGCCUGACCAACUACAGCAGGCAGCCAGAGCAGCAGGCAGAGAGUCCCCCAGCACAGCAGCAGCAGCAGGAUGAGCAGCAGGAAGAGGGGCAAGAACAUAUAGUGAAAGUGUCAUUGUCACCCUCCCAUGAAGUGGAAGUGCAGGAGCAUCACCUGCUUGAUCUGCCAGUUGGAGAGACUGACAUGGAGGGAGAUACUCAGAAUGUGGAGAUAAUCUACAUCCCUUUCUCUCUGCCCUUGUCACGACCCUUCCAGGCUGAAAUCAUGAGGGCUAUGUCAAACGACGACGAAGCAGCCACCAUCUCUGGCGAGAUGCUGGAGGGUGGCCCCACCAUCACCCUGGACGGCACCACCUCCUCCUUGCUGGUGGGCAAUGGUACCAUGAUGCCCAUGGUCACCCCUGACUCUGUCGACUCUCUGGACACCACCAUCCUGAAGAGUUCCUCAGACCUGCAGGUGAUCUACAGCCCUGCCACGGUCCAGCAGGCGGCAGACACCACCACACACCUGGUGGAUGCCGCCACACUUGCUGCCAACCAUCUGCACCAUGAACAGCUGGGCCAAGAAGCUGCCCUGGAGGAGUCUCAGCUUGCUUCAAACCAUCUCACUCAUCUCAGCAUCAUCUCCAACCAAACUUGAUAUGAUAUGCAAUAGUUAACAUGUGUCUAGGUAAGGAAUUUUUUAUAUGUUCAUAAACUUUGUGUACUCAUGAUGUAAUAAUGGUAAUAAUUUAAUAAUUAAGCUGCCACAGUAUAGGUCAGUGGAACUGGCUGUAGGAUGUGCUGGACAACUUUUUCCUUAUUCUGAGUUAUAUUUCUUUAAUUAUCUAUUGAUAAAUCAUUUUCAUUUCACACAGUUCAUACUUAGAUUUGACUGUGAGUAUUGAUGUGUUCAAUGACCAGUGUUCAGUGAAGUGUGACAGGUGCAGCAUCACUUUUACAAUGUUAGUGGUAGAAUUGAGGAUUUUGUACACAGGUGUAAUGAUGAGACUGGUGUAAUGAUGGUCCAGGGCAAACCACAGCUUGUAGUGGGCUAGCUGUGUACUAAGACAGCACAGACUCCAUUGAACAUUGCUCUCCUGCAUCUGAACUCAAGCUUAUCACAAUCUGGAUGAGUUAAAACUAAUUCAAAUAAUCUAGCCUCAGUUAAUUAAGGGUAAUUUUUCUCUGAAUAGAGGUAACCAAUCUUGGGCACCAAAUCAGCAACUUUUCUUGACCUGUACUGUGUUGUUAGUGUUGUUGUUUCAUUAUGGAAGAGUGUGCAGUAUAUCACAAGGACAAUCGUAUGCCUAUCACAAACACCCGUAUGGAGGCACACAGGUUAGGCUUAUUGUGCAAAUCAGGGAGAAAACUGUUUGCUUUGUGCCUACAGUCUGUACUUAAUAUGCUUGUGCCAUUCAUAUGCAAGCAUUGUGGUUAUCUAAUAAUAUAUAGAAUUUCAUAUUUAUUGUUUUAUGAUAAUUCAAUUGUUUUAAAAUUAUGAAGUGGGUUGAAUGAUUGUUAAUUACCCUAUGUUAUCUUGGAUCAUUCAGAUGCAUACUUGCAAUAAGAAGAAAAAAUUGAUGUAGGUUAAAUUUAGUACAUUGAGGUAUUGAAUAUUGAAUGUUUGUCCAUUGGGUAUGUUGUGUGCUUACAUCCAAAACUUUCCCGGUGUUGUCAAGUCUGUCACUUUGAAUUAAUAUUGAAAUGUGUUGUGCAAUACUUCUGACAAAUAUCUUUAUGUGGCAUCAAUGACUGAAACUAAAUCACACUUCUUUUCCUUCUUUCCUAGAAAAGUAAGUGUUUUUGUCAAUGUGAUUUAUGAUAUUAAUAGAAGAAUAGUUUAGGCUUACCCCCCAUAACCUUGCUACUUGUGAUUCUCACUACCCACCCUCCUCAAUCCAGAUGGUCCAUUGUGCCUCAUGCUCUGACUGGUUACUUCUUUAGUAGUGAAGGACUGUGCGUUAUUCCAGAUAUACAUAGAGCCGUAUACGACCCAACAUCCUGUGCGAAAGACACGGGAUCCUCAUUAACCCAUUCACUUUCAAAAUCACCUUUACAGUGUUUCAUGCAUAAAUUGCAUAAAAUCCAAUCCAUAAUCCAUACAGUUAAUAUUCAAACACUUCUUCCAUAUACUUUGCUACUUCACUUAUUCUAAAUUCUAUCUAUAAAAUCAAUGCAUAAAAAAUUUUACAUGUAAGGACCAACAAGCAUGUUAGCAUGCUGUAAUGACACCAGCAUAAUUUUAUGAGUACAUGUGAGUGAUGAGUGCUUUUCUGACAUUUCUAAAUAUAUCUUCCAUGAGUCGCUGGAGAACUGGUGAGCCACACAAACCAAGUGACUCGUUUAAAUGUGUGCCACACUCAGCCCGUCAGUGUUGGUUAUCACAGGAAGUCUUGUUCCAGUUUCUGUUGGAGGGUGUGGGAACACUGCCAGCAUCUCCAGUCACUAGUACAAACUCUAAUCAAAUUAUGUAGUUCCUUUUGUAUCAUCUUGCUGCAACUAACGACUGUCACUUUGUCUGUACAGAAAAUUUCAAAACCAGAUGAGUUCCUUACAUACAUGUCAUUAUCUUCCUGUUAUAUCUUAACUUUCCUUUGUAUUUAGAUAUAAGUGGACAUAAUUUAGCAACUUAUUUGCUAAUUAAUUCUAAUAUGCUAGUCAUUUAAAACUGUCAUUGAAAAGAUGUUUGUAUGGUAUGAUGUGUGUAUGUGCGUGUGUAUGUAUGCCAUAUAGCAACAUAUAAUCAGCAGCAAUUAUGUUCUGUGAUAAAACUAAUAUACUAUUGAGAGGUGUGUGUGUGUGUGUGUCUGGACAGCCAAAACUGUCAGUUCACAUUGGACUAAACUGACUGGCAAAACUUACAUUCAAAACUGCAAAUUUUCCUACUAACUAAUUUUUAUGGCAAACUUACAUUUUUUUUCUUUUUUACUAUUGAGAAGCUUUUUGCCACGUUCAUGAAAGUGUCAGUGUUUUUAUUUUUGACUUUUCAUGAAGGAGGCAUUAGCUGGAGUGGGUUGGUCUUUGGGCUGCAGUUCUUUAUCUAAUUUCUUUUUUAGGCAUCAAUGCUUUUUGAAGGGUUCAUAUAUGGUACUUGUGUCACAGCCUGAGGUAGAAGAAACCAGCCCUCUAAUGCCUGUUUUAAUUGUGUUAUUCAUCUGAUGUGACUUGUAAUGUGUCCAUGCCUUCCCUGAGAUGCAAGGGUCAUGCAGAGUGGAGGCUGUGAAGUGGAGGCAUUGUCAUUUGUAACUUGUUUAUUGCUCUGCACACAAACUAGGACACAUUUAAGUGUUAAGCCUUUGUCAGUUGACUUAAUGCACUGGUCACUGGACUUAUUACUUGUACAUUGAUUUAUGUGAAGUAUGAUCUUUGAUAUUUACAAUUACAGUAUACAUGUAUAUAUCUCAUAAAUGUACAUUUUAGAUACUGUAAUCUCUCAGGUUUUAGCCACAAUUUUUUAUGUAUUCAUGAUAUAUGAGAAAGGUGUCUGUAACCUUCAGGAAAGCAAUAGUAACUAAAUGUAACCACCUAAAUACUACAAGCGAGCCCAGAUUGCAGUGAAAGUUGCUAAUUUUCCUCAGCAAAGCCAUUAAUGUGGGCAAGAUGGUGAAGUGAAGGAUAGAAUUUUAUUAACUUUACAUACUCAGUUUAAGUUAUUGGGCAAGUGUUUUCUUCACCUCCAUGUGUAGAAUUACAUACUUUUAGGUACUUGAGUAAGAGCAAUUCAAGUUUGUAUUAUUGAUUGGAGGAAAGGGAGGUUCAGUUUGCAGUAUGUCAGAGUAGAUGACAUCAGUGUUGUUAUGACUUGCAAUGUACGUACCUGAAUACUAAACACCACCAUACCCAGCAAUGAAUGAAUGAAAGGGUAGAGUGUGUGGAGGAAAUGUCUCAAAUGUUAAUUUUUCCUACAAUAUGGUUUGGUUUUUACAUGGAUAUGCAUGAAGUUUUGUGGUCUUGGUAACAGUUUGUGCAGAUUUUUAUGUAUUUAUUUUUUUUUUAUUGAUUAUUGUUAUCAUUUAUUUAUUUAUUAUUUUUUUUUUUUACAUUUUAGCCUAUAGCACCUGUAGGCAUACUUGAAGAGUAUAUGUGGGAAGCACUGCUCAGCUUCUGCCCAUUAAUGGCGCAGGAAAUUUUAUUGUUUUACUUUUCAUGUAUGUUUUUGUGACAAAAUAAUGAAGAUGCUGAAGAGGAGCAGCCAGGCAGACUCCUCAUGGUACAAAUAUUUCAUAAUAAACUCCGAAUUUAC